CCCUAACCGCAGUUGUGUGACCGCGUUCGGCGGGUGAGCACGGAUAGUAAGACAGUGUCUCCACUGUCAGCUUAAAACCGUUCGAAAGCCACUAGAUUUGUGUGCCCCAGUGCCGCAAAUAGUUACAGUUCGUAAAUUAGUCGCGACUGGUGACAGUGCCCAGUAAUUCCCGAUAAGGGCAAGUGUGUUCCGUGAAAAGUGAGUCCGCGGCAAGGUGAAACCAUGAGGAGGUGUCGCAACACCCCGUUCGCAAUUGUCAUUGCUCCGAUCUUGAUUUGUGCUUCUUUGGUCUUGGCCCAAGAUUUUGGCUACGAGGGCAGACAUGGACCCGAGCACUGGAGCGAGGAUUACGCCCGCUGCAGUGGAAAGCACCAGAGUCCCAUAAACAUCGACCAGGUCAGCGCCGUGGAGAAGAAGUUUCCCAAGCUGGAGUUUUUCAAUUUCAAAGUGGUGCCCGACAAUCUUCAAAUGACGAACAACGGUCACACGGUGCUGGUGAAGAUGAGCUACAACGAGGACGAGAUCCCAAGUGUGCGUGGUGGUCCUUUGGCGGAGAAAACUCCUCUGGGCUAUCAGUUCGAACAGUUCCACUUUCACUGGGGCGAGAACGAUACGAUUGGCAGUGAGGAUUUGAUCAACAAUCGUGCCUAUCCCGCCGAGUUGCACGUGGUAUUGCGGAAUCUAGAGUAUCCGGACUUUGCCAGCGCCCUGGACAAGGAUCACGGCAUCGCCGUGAUGGCCUUCUUCUUUCAGGUGGGCGACAAAUCAACUGGUGGCUAUGAGGGCUUCACCAACUUGCUCUCCCAGAUUGACCGCAAAGGCAAGAGCGUUAAUAUGACCAAUCCACUUCCACUGGGCGAGUACAUCUCGAAGUCCGUGGAGAGUUACUUUAGCUACACUGGUUCUCUGACCACACCGCCUUGCAGUGAGGAGGUCACCUGGAUUGAUUUCACAACGCCCAUUGACAUCACGGAGAAGCAGUUGAAUGCCUUCCGUCUGCUGACAGCCAACGAUGAUCAUCUGAAGAACAAUUUCCGACCCAUCCAGCCGCUGAACGAUCGCACCUUGUACAAGAACUACAUAGAAAUUCCGAUUCACAACAUGGGCUCGAUUCCACUCGUCGAUGCGGAAAAUGCGGCUGGCAAGUGGAGGGCACAAGCCGCAGCAGUGCUGUUGCCCCUCGUUGUCCUCGCUGCAUUGUCAAGGACCUCCAUUUUCCGGGGUUUUUAAUUAGAGUUCUGCGGUGGUAAAUCGAAGGUUAAAUCGUUAAAUGCCUAGCUGGCGCUUAGGCGUCCAAUUAAGCGCUGUAAUUUACAUUUUCCGCUCUUGUUCGCCGUCGCUGUUUGUUGUUCAAACACGAGUCCCGGUAAUUUCCUUCGGCAAGGACUCAACUGCCGUCAGGACAUCCAUUCAUAUCCACACACACACACAUAUAUAUAUAUAUAUAAAUAUAUAUAUAUGGGCAAACAAACAGGCGGACGGUGGGCGAAAUUAUUAAACCCCAAAUGGGCGGAGCUUCAGCUGGCACGAAACCCUUACUCAUCAAUUAUGCAGCACCUCGCACAGCGACUGUCAACCGAAUCGUACCCCGUAUCCGUACCCGUUCCCGUACCCGUACCCGUUCCCGUACCCGUAACCGUAUCCGUAUCCGUAUCCCCAUAUUCCCUUCCGUCCGAGGAGGCCCGCCAGUGCGAGGGGAACCCCCUGGAUGUCCUCGCUAUUGCACAUUGUGAUUUUAAAUGCUUGGCACAAGCAGAGCUUUUUAUUCGUGUACCUUAGAUUUAAGUUUUGUAAACAUAAAACCGUAAUAAAUUUUAUUGUUUAACAUCU